GUAAACAAGCCCUCCCACCAGAAAUGCGUAAGCAAAAUCCUGGCGGGAGUUGACCUGACUGAAGAUUCUAUUGCUACAUUGCUAUCUUGACAUGAACAUUAACAUCACACAGGGCAUGUCAGUGCCUUAUUAUAGUCAUAUUAACAACUUUUAUUUCCAUUAAUUGGAUGCACACUAUAUGGAAAACGUUUACAUAGCUGCGGUAUAAGGAUUACAGAGCCGAGAAAAUGUCCAACAUGGAUGUCAUUUACCAGAAGGUUCACUUCAGGCACGACCCACGCUGGUCCGCAAUUACCGGACCCAGUGCUGAUGAUGUGGUGCUGUGUGUUGCCUGUGUCAUUGAGAUGAUGGAGAGCAAAGAUGUUUCGUGUGUACGAAAGUCAGUGGCAUUGGCUGGAGUUGGUGGAGUUCUAAAGCGAUCCCCUGGAGCCAUCAAAGAGUUGCUCUCCCAGGAUACCAGAGUCUGUCUACACUUCAUUGCCUCUUUACUGGCGAUGCUUCGCUCUUCUGAAGACUCAGCCACUUUGGAACAGGGUAUACAAGUUCUAGUUCAUCUGCUUUUGGAGCUGCAGAGCGAGCAAUUUGUACAGGACGUACUGAAUGACAUCCACACACAGCUUAGUCAGCAGGCGAGUGUGAGAGGCUUCUUACCCAUCUUCACAUUCCUGGGGAAGCUGGUGGAUGCACUUCCUGCUCUGCCCCAGACUUUAGCCUGCCAUCACGUGUCUUUGUUGGAGUGGUUGAGUGUGGGGCUGCAGUACCCUGAUGAGGUGCUGAAGGCCUCCGUGUGCUACAUCUUGCGGAGGGUGUGGGAGGUCCCUGCCGCCACCGAGUCCCUGCCGACCCCUCUUAGAGACAGCAUGGCCCGCGCCGUCCUGCACACCCUCCACCACGCCUCCACACCUCAGCUCACCAUCAACUGCCUGGGCCUGUUGAAGCAGAUGCUGCAGCUGGGUGAGGUGGUGUCGGUGCUGAUGAACUGCAGGACUGAGCUGGUCCCUGACGAGGGCAGUGCGGACUGGCCCUCCUCACAGUACUGCUCUUUACCUCUCGUCCUCAAGAAGUUGCUGUUGAGUGGAGAUGAGCUGCUGCAAGUGGCUAGUGCUCGCUGCAUGGCUGCUGUGCUGGUUCACUCCCCCAGUCAGUACUGCCCACAGUUCAUCCAGGCAGACUUACCUGAGUUCCUGUUUGAGCGCUUGAGCAGCAGCAGCAGCGAGGCUAUGCUGUGGUCGACUUAUGGUUGCCUGCUCUUACUGGCUGAGGAGUCACUGUUCUUUUCCCAGUGUCAUACAGUCUAUGGUAUUGAGCCUCUGGUGCGCAGCUUGAAGGAUGUCUUGAAGUUGACAAACCUAGAAGUGCAGAAACAAGGCCUCCAACUCCUCACUGUCAUCUUGGAUAGGCAGCCUGCAGCAGUGCGUCUCUUUCCCACCAGCAUGGGCUUUAUGGGUGUGGCGGAGGUGGUGCUGUCGGGCGUGUCCUCCCCCUGCCUGCGGGUGGCCACACAUGCAGCACGGGCCGCCACUGCCCUCCUCAGGCUACAGCACCAGUCGAGCCCUGUGCAGUAUAAAGAGCUGAAGAAGAUAGUUGGGGCGAUCAUCACUAGGUGCACUGAGUUACCCGUGCCCAUUACUACACGUCAGAGCACCACAGGGGUCCCUGGUCCCAAACCCACCAACCAGGCCUCAAAGGCAGGGAGCUUCCUCCUCCAAGCCCUGGUCUGCUUCCAGGAAUCCUGCAGGCUUGCAGAGCAGUGUUCCUCUGAGCCCAGCCUGAAAGAGAACGCUUUCACAGCCCCCAACCAGCAGAGGAAGGACUCUCUGGAGGCCCUCUGUCUCAGCCUGCUGCGCAGCUGUGAUACCGUCCUCAUCCCUACUGUCACUAGGCUGUGUGAGCAGGCCCCCAGUAGCCAGGUGCUGCAGCACUUCUUCUCCAUCCUCUCCUACCAGUUCACUCUGCUGCCCUCCCUCAUGCCGCUCUUUGCCCUCAAACUGGCUUCAUCUGGUUUCAUUAGACUGGUAUUGGAGCACAAGGCAGCUUUGUGCUCAGGAAACAGGAAUUCAGGUCUGAAUGCAGCCUGCUGUGACUUACUGCUAAAACUCUGUAAAUGUCUCCUCUCUCAACCAGCCAGUUCACAUCAGCAGGAUGUAGAGGAGCAGUUGGGGCUGCUGGAGGCCUCUCUGCUGUCGCUGUGCAGCCGCCUGGCGGAAUGGCCAUCCCUGCUGACGGACGCCUCGGGGACCCCCAGAGCCACCCAGCACUGUCUCAUCAGCCUGCUGCAUGUAGCCCAGCUGCACGGGGACAGGCUGCUCCCUGAGCCCGUGCUGUUCUCCUGCAUGGUGGCUGUGCUGUGCUCCAUGCCAGAGCCGGGAGACGCCCUAGUGCCCCUCUGUGUGCUCCGCUCUGCCCUCUACCUGCUGGCUAUCUGCCACGACAAGAGCCCAGCGCUAGACUGGGCUCCUCUGAACAGCAUCAGUAAGGCUCUGAGUCUCUGCCCCUUCCCCUCUCUGUACACACACCACCCAGCCCUGCUGCACUUCGUCUUCCGCUACCCCGAGCUGUCCGACCACUUCGGCCAGCCACUGCUAACGCUCUGGCUUUCCCAUCAGCCCCAGCCCGGGCGAGAGGACCAAGCAGAACCAGCGUUGGGGGUCAACUCGUCCUCCUCCUCCACCUCCUCUUCCUCAUCCACGCUGCAGGCCGUGCUAGACAAGAACCCUAAUGUGACCCUGACACUGAUGGUGAGGGAAAAAUGCUCUGUCACAGAAAUAGAUGCUCUGAUGCUGUCCAGCGCUCGAUCCAAAGCCUUGAAGGCAGUGAGACGCUUGUGGUCAGCGGUGAUGAGCGGCUGGCGGAGAGAGCCCUGUCUGAGCUGCGGUGCCUCCUGCAGGCCAGAGGGGGGCAGUGACGGGGCGCUGCCAACGCUGCUUAGGCCCGCGCUUCUGCAGCUGCUCCAGAGGCUGGCCUGCCACAGCACCGGCAGCAGCCAGGGGCCCGGACCCUCAGCUCCCUCUGCUCUGCCUCUCAUCCUGCAGCUGUUGUGUCUGAUGCAGACGGCGCCAUCGGCGGCCAGUGAGAUGGACGGCACCGACUUCAAACUGCUCUUCCACGUGAGUAACCUUGCAGGGAAGCUGAAGGCAAACAACAAGGAAACUCUCCUACCAGCUCUUAACUACCUGUAUUGUUGCCUUGCUCUCUCUCCCCCUCACUGUAGUGACAGAGCUGUGUCCAUGUUGCUGUGUAACACUGGGCUGAUGGAGCAGAUACAGGCAUUGCUGGACCUCUCCUCCUCAUCCUCCUCUUCUUCCUUCUCUUCUCCUCCGUCCAGUCUGCUCAGCUGCGCUCGUCUGCUGCUGUCCUCCCUCAUCAUCCUCCAGCACACACAUUCUGCUCAGGUGCACAGGUGUGUCCGAGUGGAUCUGGGUGCCAUGGUGCAGCUCCUGAGCUGCGGGAAGAGACAUGCAGACAACCUCUCUCUGGCCUGUUUGGUGCGGCUGCUGCAGGCAAUGCUGGAUGUGGAGCUGGCCUCUCCCCUGCUGCAGCUGGAGGAGGGGGCCGUCGGGGUGAGACAGCGCCCCCUACAGCCUGUCGACAGUGCCCUGCACCCGCUGGGCUCCCACGGGGCCCACGCUCUCGUCGCCGCCCUCCACGGCCUCCUGCUGCAGAAGCAGGAGGGACUGCUCAGUGUGUCUGUGAACUGUCUAAGGUCACUAAUGGGUUUCCUGCAUAAGAGAUGCCCCUCCACAGCACUGCAUGUGGCCUCUCAGCCCUGGGGACGCUUCCUGCUCUACUCGCUGCUGAACUCGGGGGAGAGUCUGCUGCAGCACCCAGCCAUACUGGCCCUGCUCACACUGCUGCUCCAGGCUGGUAGCGGGGUGGUGCAGUGGGACCCGGAGCUGGAGCAGGUGUUGAGUGCGGUGGAGAGGACAGGAGUGGACAAGCUCAGGCCCAGUGCUGCUCACACCCUCAAGGAGCUGCUCACACAGGUCCAGCACUCGACCUCACUUACACCCCCGUCUGAGCAGCACACUCUCAGGGCCACCGCUCUGCUUGAGUCACUAGAUCGCCUUCCCAGCCCAGAACCAGCCCAGAACAGCGUUCUACAUCAGGGGGAGCUGUCUUACUGUUCAUUAGAUGUCACAGUAAACACAGGGUGCUACAGGGAGUUGACAAGAAGUACUAAUGUUUAGCUUAUUGUAUUCUCAUUUAUGUAUUUAUGAAUUAAUGACUUUUUUUUUUUCCCAAUGUCUCUUCCUUAACUACUUUAUCUGAAUAAAACAAAGUUUGGUCACGGA